GCAGCAGGCUUCGGGAUACAGGGAUGCGGGGACUCUGGUCCAGAGCGACUACACGCUGCAGAGCAACGGGCACCCUCUCUGAGCCACGCACACCAGUGGAUCACGGCUCUGUCUCACGGGGAUGGAGCGCCCUGGUCCACCAGCCCCUUGGGCCAGCAGGACAUCAAGCCCAGCGUUCAGCCCAGCAGAGAGGAGCACCUCCAGCAUCAGGGUAGAGCUCCUCACCUGGUCCACCCAGCCCAUGGGAACCACCACAGUGCCGGGCCAUGGAGGACCACCACCUCAGCCCACCUGCCCAGCAUGGCUUCCACCAACGGCCAAGGACUCAUCUACUCGCAGCCUUCCUUCACGGUCAACGGCAUGAUCAACCCGGCAUCCGGGCAAAGCAUGCACCACCACGGCCUGAGGGACGCCCACGAGGAGCACCACGGCGACCACGGCCACCAGCAGCCACCCCAACAGCAGCAACAGCAGCAGCAGCAGCACUCUCAGCACCAGGGACACCACGAGCACUCCGACGAGGACACCCCGACGUCCGACGACCUGGAACAGUUCGCCAAGCAGUUCAAACAGAGGAGGAUCAAACUGGGAUUUACGCAGGCCGACGUUGGACUGGCCCUGGGCACCCUGUAUGGCAAUGUUUUCUCCCAGACCACCAUCUGCAGGUUUGAGGCCCUGCAACUCAGCUUUAAGAACAUGUGCAAGCUCAAGCCUUUGUUGAACAAGUGGCUGGAAGAGGCGGACUCGUCUACUGGAAGCCCCACCAGCAUAGACAAGAUAGCAGCUCAGGGGAGGAAAAGGAAAAAGAGGACCUCCAUUGAGGUCAGCGUCAAGGGGGCCCUGGAAAGUCAUUUCCUCAAGUGUCCCAAGCCAUCUGCCCAGGAGAUCACCUCGCUGGCGGACAGUCUACAGCUAGAAAAGGAGGUGGUCAGAGUUUGGUUUUGUAACAGGAGACAGAAAGAGAAAAGGAUGACCCCACCAGGAGGGACUAUCCCAGGGGCAGAGGAUGUAUAUGGGGGGAGUAGAGACACACCACCACACCAUGGGGUUCAGACUCCUGUCCAGUGA